AUGUGGGACAGCCAUGUUUCGGCACGAAGGUGUCAGCUCGACCGGAAUGAUACCACGGCCUCAAAGAAAACCAGCGUGCAACAACCACAGCGUUAUGUUUGUUUCACCAUACUAAUUUGUAAACCUUCGUGCUCAAAACCCUGCAUCAACGGAUACUGUCGCAACCCUGAAGUAUGUGCAUGCAAAGCUGGAUUCAUUUUGGAUCUCAAAAAUAAGUACAAUUGCUUACCACGAUGUUCAAAGCCGUGUGGGGGAGGCACUUGUAUCGCACCAGAACAAUGUUGGGAACUGGUUUAUCCGGAAGACAGUACUGAGAAAAUAUGCCAACCGAUUUGUUCAGAACCCUGCGUGAAUGGCGCUUGUGUAGCCCCAGAAACCUGUCAAUGUUUUAAAGGAUAUAUCGAAUCUGACAAGUACGCCUGCAAGCCCUUCUGCUCUAGUGGAUGCCCCAAUGGUACUUGUAUUGGUCCAGAAAUUUGUACGUGCAACUCAGGAUGGCAAAUGAUUCAGCUGGAUGGCAAUUUGACAAAAACAUGUCAGCCGAUUUGUUUGGAACCCUGCGUGAAUGGCACAUGUGCAGCUCCAGAUACCUGCCAAUGUUUAAAAGGAUAUAUAAAAUCCAAUCAGUACAAUUGCAAGCCCUUCUGCUCAAGUGGAUGCCCGCACGGUACCUGUAUCAGCCCCGAAACUUGUAUAUGUGAUGCAGGUUGGGAACUGGUUUAUCCGGAAGACAGUACUGAGAAAAUAUGCCAACCGAUUUGUUCAGAACCCUGCGUGAAUGGCGCUUGUGUAGCCCCAGAAACCUGUCAAUGUUUAAAAGGAUAUAUCGAAUCUGACAAGUACGCCUGCAAGCCCUUCUGCUCUAGUGGAUGCCCCAAUGGUACUUGUAUUGGUCCAGAAAUUUUGGAUGCCCGCACGGUACCUGUAUCAGCCCCGAAACUUGUAAAUGUGAUGCAGGUUGGGAACUGGUUCAUCCGGAAGAUAGUUCUGAGAAAAUAUGUAAACCUUCGUGCUAAAAACCCUGCAUCAACGGAUACUGUCGCAACCCUGAAGUAUGUGCAUGCAAAGCUGGAUUCAUUUUGGAUCUCAAAAAUAAGUACAAUUGCUUACCACGAUGUUCAAAGCCGUGUGGGAAAGGCACUUGUAUCGCACCAGAUCAAUGUAAGUGCAAUAAAGGAUAUAGGUUCUUCAAUAGAACCUGCGAACCAAUAUGUUCCAAACCAUGCAAGAAUGGCACCUGUGUAGCUCCAGACACCUGUAAGUGUAUGAAAGGAUUCAUAAAAGAAUCUGCCGAUGAAUUCAGUUGUAAGCCUGUCUGCUCAAGUGGGUGUUCUCAUGGGACCUGUAUCGCUCCAGAAACUUGUAAAUGCGAUGCUGGCUAUCAACUCGCUCAACCAAAAGAUAGAACUGAGAAAAUAUGCCAGCCGAUUUGUUUGGAACCCUGCGUGAAUGGCACAUGUGCAGCUCCAGAUACCUGCCAAUGUUUAAAAGGAUAUAUAAAAUCCAAUCAGCACAAUUGCAAGCCCUUCUGCUCAAGUGGAUGCCCGCACGGUACCUGUAUCAGCCCCGAAACUUGUAAAUGUGAUGCAGGUUGGGAACUGGUUCAUCCGGAAGAUAGUACUGAGAAAAUAUGUAAACCUUCGUGCUCAAAACACAACAUCACAAAGAAUAAGACUUGUACCGGAGAGAAGCCGGAGUGCAGUCCACCUUGUGUCAAUGGCUCUUGUACAGCUCCUGGUAGAUGUGAAUGUUAUUACGGCUAUGAGAAAUCUGUUAAGGAGAAUGUCUGCCGACCGCGAUGUUCCAAUGGGUGCAGGAAUGGUGUGUGCACCGACCCUGACACUUGUCUUUGCAACGCAGGAUGGGAAACAUCGGAGACGAGUAACGGAACAUGCCAGCCGGUGUGCAGAGAACCCUGCGUGCACGCGAAAUGCAUCGGUCCUGACAUCUGUGAAUGCCUCACUGGGUAUGAAGCAGCAGAGAACAAUACUUGUGUACCACGCUGCAGUAUCGUCAAUGGCUCGUGUGAGAUACAUCAAAGUCAAACCAAAUGGGUGUAUGCCGCGGCUGGUGGAACAAGCAGCUUGUUGCUGCUUACUUUCAGCUUAGUUUUAUGUAGAAAAAGAAAGCGGUCUUCUAUUAAUGGUGUGUAUGAUUUUUUGUUCUUCCUGAUUUUUGUUUUUUUAGAUGGGAAAUUAAUUAUAUCACUAAACCUGAGGCGAACGCCGCCCGACCAGGACCAGACGCGAGCGAUCGGCACGUAGCGUUCCACACGCGCCUCAAAGAGCCAAUAGACCACUACAGACGGGGCCCUAUAGGGCUGAUAUUCAGCCGGGGUUGUGUUUUAAGCGCAAUUAGUCACCGCGGCCUCGGCCCAGAGCAGCAGAAGGGACGGGGAGGUUUUUAGUCAGUAAGAGUCUAACACUCCCUCACGCUUUACCCUGGGCCGGUGAAGACAUUUGAUGAUUUUCACCUGACAAAAAAAAACUACUUAUGGGGAGAAGAGUCACACACAACUACAUCAGUCGAGAGUGUUCUUAACCAUGUUUGGUGGAAAUCUGUUUAGGUCUUCAAGGUCAUCAGGUCAUAUAUAGAGCUACUGUCGUCUCAGAACAAGAGUUCGUUCACUAACAUUUUAACAAUCAGAAGAAAAAACAAAAUAAUGACGGUGACUUUACCUGCAAGAAUUCGGAACUAUAAGUUAAUAAAAAUAGUACUUAAAUUUCAAAUUAAAUUUAUUCAAGUACUUAGGUACCUAUAAUAUAUGUUUCUCAAAAUAUGUUUAGGUUCGGUUAGGUUUUAUAAUUAUCCGGCGCCUGGGCCUUGAACAAGUCGGAGGCCAUGGUGUUUCAUGGCCCUCGACGUGCGCCGGCGCCGGGAUCUCACAUCGUGGUCAGCGGGGCUCGGAUAGCUGUCGAGUCCACCAUGAAGUAUCUAGGAUUGGUGCUCGAUAGCCGAUGGGAUUCCGGACCCCAUUUCCGGCGGCUGGCGCCUAAGCUGAUGGGCGCAGCGGGGGCUUGUUCAACGUUGCUUCCCAACCUGGGGGGCCCGAGCGCCGCUUGUAGGCGGUUAUGGGUGGGUGUACGAGCAACCCCGUACAUUUUGUCUUGUUUAGUAUUAAUGCUGACGUUGCACUUACUAUGCUGUGCAUCGCGCUCUACUUAGCAAUAAUUUACUUUAGUACAAAUAAACCCGUGAAACAGUAAACAUCGUUUUACUUAAUCAAAUCCCUAACUAAAGUCGCG